AGACUAAAAUGUAGCGUCUCGAGAUAACAGAGCAGGAGAUAAUCUCGACAAGUUGGGAUUGAGAGCUGAUCUAUAAAACCUCCUCCAAGUCAGAACUUCAGUCACCACAUCUCCCCGACCCCGGACUACAGUAACCAGGGUAACCCCGGAUUAUUUGUAACCAUGGUAGCGCUUGAUGUGGAGGAGUUGUACGAGAGGUUGGGUAUAUUGGGGAACUUCCAGAUUUUUGUGGUGGUCAUGUAUACUAUUGGAGAACGGGUCACUGCUGGACUGCUUGACUUUCAGGUUCACAUAUUGUCUGUCACGCCAGGCUGGACCUGUAUAUCUGAUAACUGUGUUAACCUGACCCUUAACCAGACCUACUUCCACAAAUCAUUGCUGUGUAUGAUGGAGGAUGACGAGUGGGAGUGGGAUGGUACUCGUUCUAACCUAGUCAACCAGUUUAACUUAACCUGUGGCAACACCUACAAGAUCAGUUUGGGUUCGACCCUGUUUUUUAUAGGAUACCCACUGGGCUCCCUUCUAAUCGGAAUGAUAGCAGACUGGUUGGGUAGGAAGUGGUUAGCUACGGGCUUCCUCCUCAUGACAGGCCUGGUCAACUGUUGCGCGGCUCUCCUCUCCAGCUACGACACUUUCAUCGUCUUCAGAGCGAUAGAAGGGUUCUGUAUAGGUGGGCUAACUGUAACAUUCUACCCACUGCUUAUCGAGUACCUUGGAGCUGGAGCUAGGAACCUCGCUAAUGUCGUGGCUCAAUGCGGGUAUGGGUUGGGAAUGGCAUUCCUCUGCUUCGCAGCGUCCUACAUCACAAGCUGGCGUGCUGUUGUCAUAGCAACAUCAGCGCACCUCUUUUUCGUAGCUCUACUGCUAGCCAGCAAUAUUCCAGAGAGUCCUCGCUUCUUGUUGAAAAACAAAAAGGAUGAUGAGGCGAAACAGGUUUUGAAGAUAAUGGCGAGUUGGAAUAAAGUUGACCUGCCCGAAGUUUUUGAGAUCACCUCGACGGAUGAACCCAGUGAGACCGAAAGAGCGUGGAAACUCUUUACUUAUAGUCGGUAUACGUGCGCAGCUACACUCGCUCAGAUGUUCAUAUGGUUCACGGCAGCCCUAUACUUCUUCGCUCUGAGUUUUAAUAUGAACGAUGUCUUGGGAAACCCUUAUCUCAAUCUGGCAGUAACCGGAAUAAUGGAGAUACUGAUAAACGUGUGCUCGUACUUCUUCAUAGACCGUAUAGGUAGACGGUGGUGCAUGUUAGUUUCCUUCUUGUUGUGCGGGAUCAGUGUUGGGAUUUGCCGCUUUCUGCCCCAUCAGAAUCUCCACUAUACUCACUUCUCAGUCAAAACUUUCUGGGUAAUAUUUGGACGAGCAGUGGGUGGUUUCAUCUACUCUCUUGUCUACCUGUACAGUGCUGAGAUAUUCGCUACAACAGUCAGAUCAUCCGGACUUGGAUUGUGUGUUUGUGCAGCUCAGAUAUCAUCUCUGAUAGCACCGUUCGUGAUUGUUAUCCACGAGGACAAUGCUAACCUUGUCUACACAACUCUCUUCCUAUUCUGUAUUUUGGCGUUCCUAGCAUCCUGGAUCCUGCCGGAGACAGCAAACCUGCCACUACCUGCCACAGUGGCCGAGAUGGACGCAAUGAAGUACAGAAAUUACACCAUCUUUACGGAAAAGAGCCCUCUUAUUACAAACGAUCUACUGCAGUCCAACAAAGAUAAGGAGAUAGGGGACUUAAAAUAGAAGACAAGGAUUCCCGUUAUUAUCAUUGGGGUUCAAUUCUUGACAGGGUCCCCUAGCCAUUGUAGGUUUGUCAGUUGUUGAUGAGGACGUGAUUUUUUUCUUACAAGUAUUCAAAAAUACCAAGAAAAAAAACCAUAAUCUCAGGAAAACAAUGUUCAAACUGUUUUUUAAUUCCUCUAUGAUGGUCAAUUUAAUUAUUUACAGUCAAUUUGUUUAAUUUUAGGAUUAACGUCGCUAAUGUUUUGAUAUAAUUAUUAUUGCUGCGUUGUUAGCAUACAGCUUUGUGGAAAGAAAGUCUUCAAGUAUAUUUAAUAUACAUAAUAUGUAACAUAAAUGUUACCUUUAACAUAUUUAAUAUUUAAAUUUAAAGAUUAAUGAGGCCCUCAGAUAGGGAGAAUGUCUCUAGUAUUUGUGUUUCUUUAUUUCUGUUCAUUAUUUGUCAUGCUACAACUAAUCGAUUGAUUUGUUAUGCUGAAAGUGGUAUCUCCGUGCAAAUUGAUUUCAUUAUUAAAC